AAAAUCGAAAGAAAAAUGGCCCGCUUUAAAGAUCUUAAAAAAUUGAAGAGCCAGGUUACCAGUAAACGAGUUCGCCACAGCGACCCCAGCAGCUCCAAUCUCAAAACAUGUACUGUUUACCUUGCCGCAGACCAUAUAUUCUUUAAGGAAGUGGGCUCGGGUUCUGAAAGAGUCACAGUAGCAGAGAUGGUGUAUCACGUGGCAAUGGCUGAUAAGAUAUUCAGGGGAACAGACUUCAACCAAGAUGGCGGGCCUGGAGAUGGAAUUGGAUUUGUCGUAGCCGCUGUCACUGUGUUUAAAGAUGCGCAAGCGGAAGGUUCUUUGGAAAGCCCAGAGGAUAUCAGUAUGAUGUCAUACCUUAUCAAAUGGAGCGAGAUUGAUCAUGACGACUACUGCCUAGCUUUGCUCUUCACAAACAGAGACUUCCCCGGCGGGGCUCUGGGGCUAGCGUGGAUUGCGGACUCUGAUCACAUGAGCUCCGGAGGUAUAUGCUCCAGGAGGAUGUUCUUUGAUGAAAAAGAAGAGGCAUUGUACCUAAAUACAGCAGUAGUAACGCUAUUAAACUAUGGAGCUCGAGUACCGAGGAAGGCCUCAGUUAUUACAGUAGCGCACGAAUUGGGUCACGGCUUUGGAUCUGAGCAUGAUCCAGCUACGGCCCAAUGCUCCCCAGGAGGAAAAGCGGGUAACUUCAUCAUGUAUCCAAAAGCAACCGACGGAAAUGAACCCAACAAUUAUCUGUUCUCUUCCUGUAGCAAGCACGAUAUGUCUUCUAUUAUCUCUUUUAGAGGACCACAAUGUUUUAUCGCUCAUAAUAACGGGUCGUAUUGUGGCAAUAAAAUCGUCGAAGAGAAUGAAGAUUGUGACUGUGGAAGUCCAGAAGAAUGCCCCAUAGUCGACAAGUGUUGUGUGGCACGAAAUGACGCCUUGAAAGUACCUGGAUGUACAAUCCAGCCGGGGAAACAAUGUAGUAACGUGGCGGGAAAAUGUUGCACAGAGGAUUGUACUUUUAUCUCAGCAUCUCAAGGACUCGUUUGUCAAGCCGAAACAGAGUGCAGUAAAAUUUCUAUUUGCGAUGGUCAGAAUGGGCGUUGUCCCCAGGCUGAGUUAAAACCUUACAAUGUAACAUGCAAUGCAGGGUCGAACACGUGUCAGGAGGGUGCUUGUAUUGGUUCAAUAUGUGCACUGUAUGGGACCAACGAGUGUGAAUGUCAUCAGAACAGAGAAGAAAUGUGCCAUGUCUGCUGUAACAGCAGUUAUGGAGUUUGCAUAUCUGUUCAGCAUUUCCUGGGUCGAGUCAUCGUUAAACGUCCCGGCAGCACUUGCAAGCGUCACCAAGGUUACUGCGACACGUAUGGUUUGUGCGUCACUGUGGACAGUGAGGAUCAAAUCAAUACACUCAGGGAUGCUUUUAAGAGAUUUUUCUCCAAGGAAACUACGAGUGACCUAUGGAGCUGGAUAAAAAGAGAAUGGUAUUAUGUGGUGGUUAUAAUCGUUGGCAUAUGCCUGAUUGUGAUUCUCCUAAAGUUCACUUCCCACGGAGGAACUCCUCUGCUAAGUGCAGAAAGAAGAGCAGUCUUACGAAACAUAGCUCGCAAUCAUCUUGCUAAUCAACAUAUAAGAACUCGCCAAUUGUCUGAUGAUGAAUUUCAAGAUACAACUGAGGGAGGAGACCUUGGUGACGGAAGUAGAAGUAGCUUGCAGCAACAUUUGCAGUCUUUAUUCCCUGAGGCAACAAGCUGUGACUUGCAGGAAGCCAUCCGGAUCUGUUCUUCUGAGCAGGAUGUGAUAAACCAUCUUCUCAGUCAAGGCAACACACUGAAAACAUAGUUAAACCCGCAGAUGCCAUGUCUUCCUAAAGACAAAAAAAAACGUCCUCAGGCUCAAGCAGUUACAGUACCAAAAACACUUUAUUAUUGUUUCAAGGGAAGAUGUAAACCUAAUAUGCAGUUAUCUUAUCAGAAAUAUUCAAAACACCCCUGAUGAUGUU